AUGGCAGUUGAUGUGGGAUCUCCCACGGAAAUUGCUGAGGAUGAUGACGGCAUCGACAAGAUGAUUGGUUCCGACCCGUUCCUGGAGGGUGACAACAAGCACAAAGUCGAGGUCAAGCAAGAGAAGCGCAAAAGGGACGAGCAUAACAGUGGACACGGACGUCUCCGCCCGGUCCCGGACGAAGAGGAUGAAGACCUCGAUAGCCCGACAAAGAGGGCAAGCAGAGGAGAAGACCAGCCGCUCACAGCCAAGGAACUUCGCAUGCUUCUCUCUGGGCAUGUUAACGAGAUGCGUCACGCAUGGGGAACUUUCCAAGGGCGUCUUGACCGUGUUGAAGCAGCGCAAAGCAACACCAAUGGCAUCAUCAGUGAUCUACAGGCCCGAACCACGGUUGCGGAGAAAGACAUUAUUCAGCAGAGACAGGCAGCCCAGGAGACGACAACCUCGCUCGACAAUCUCGCGACCGAGGUGAAGAACAUGAAAGUCAGGAUCGACGAGCUACAGUCAGCGGGCCAAAGCACAGCCGCCCCAUCGGGAAUUGCUGCACCAGGAGGCAACCCAGACCCGUGGGCUGAGUUCCUCAGAAGGAAAGAGGGCAACAAACGCAACAAUGCAGCGGCAGGGGUGAACUCUGGGGUGCUUCUGUAUCCUCUUUGGCGCCUCCCUGAUCCUCGCGCAAUGGUCGUCUACUCGGGCUGGCCGGUGAACUCCUACCUGCACAAGUUGGCGAUCCUCCUGCUGCUCGUCCCGGCGAAUAAGGCGGUUCAGAACCCGGGCCCUGCGUCCUCAAGUCAAAACGACGCUCAACAGACCAAUGACGAGCCGCCCGAGACCCCGCACCCUGCGACCCAAUACUGGCGUACUUGGACCGAGGAAGAGAUCGCGGAGUACAAGGCCCAAGCUUGGGAUGAUGGAGAAGACUGCCUGGGAUGCCUGGCCUUCUUCAUCGUCGUGUACCCCACCAUGGCCGACCUCUUCGACAUUGCCAAGCACCCCGCCGUGGCCGACAUCUUCUUCUUCCUUGCCAGCAUUGCCUUCCACUUCGUUGUCCGCUGCCCCGACAUCUUGGACACUGCCGUCGAUGUCUUCCAAUGUGGGGGUGACGUUGCAGACGCCGACAUUGUCUAA